AUGUCCCCAAGAAAGUAUAUCAAUAGUGUUCUACCGAUCGACCCUAGUAUUGAGAAGCCGCAGCAGCCGUUGUCGCCAUCCAUUCCGACAGAAGUCUGCCUCUUUGGUGAAGGGGAGCACACUCACGGUGCGCCCAGAGAGGAGCUGACCUGUGAGGAGAUCUACAAGUUCGCCGGGGAGCAAGAGGAGACAGUUCUCUUCACAGAUGACCAUCACCUUGUGCAGAUCUGGAAGCCGGAGGACCUCAAGCGCUCGCGUCUCCAGAAAGUGCAAGAUACAUGCUCCAAGCUCUUGGGCCACCCCGCCGCCCCGCCACUGGCCCCGGGCCACUACCAGCUGCGCUUCCAAUGCGGCGGCACCGAAACCACGGUGGACUGGCCGAAGGAGCAGACUGAGGCCUAUUUCGCCAAGUUUGCCAAGGGACUCGGCUACUACUGGAAGGGGCCUUCCCAAAUCACCCCCAUGGGGAAAUACUACCGCGAUAGACAGGCCACUGUCUAUGACCUGGUCGAGGGAAGGCCUCUGGCGCAAUAUUAUAAGUACACGUUCGCUCGGUACCUCUUGACCCAUUGUCCCGCGCGUCAGGCAGAUAAAAAGUCAGCAUUCCCAUUCCCAUCCAUUUGA